AUGAGCUGUGUAAGUGAGCUGUCCCAAUCUAAUGAAUAUCUUAGUUUUAGAAGCAGCAUUCCUCUAAGAAAAAUAGUUGUCGACUCGGACGGGUCCAAGGCUUGGCGAAUUUUCGAUAGUGGUCCUAAAUCAGUGAAUUGUCCGUUGAUAUGUUUACCACCAGUAUCAGGAACUGCAGAUAUAUUUUUCAAGCAAGUGAUGGGCCUUGCCUCAAGAGGGGUCCGAGUAAUAGCAGCAGAACCUCCUCCAUAUUGGAAUAUGAAAGAAUGGUGUGAUGGUUUUAAGAGACUAAUUGAUUAUCUUGAACUAGACAAAGUUCAUAUUUUUGGUGCCUCAUUAGGUGGAUUUAUAGCGCAAAAGUUUACAGAACUAACCAGUAACUGUCCACGUGUUGCUUCUCUAAUACUUUGUAAUACUUUUACGGACACAUCUGUUUUUGAAUACAAUGACUCCUCGGCUCUAUUUUGGCUUUUGCCCUCAUUGGUAUUAAAAAGAAUGCUGAUGGGCAAUUUCACUACUGACAAAGUUGACAGAAGAAUGGCCGAGGCUAUUGACUUUAUGGUUGAAAGGCUUGAAUCUCUAACUCAAUCCGAAUUGGCUUCAAGACUAACGUUGAACUGCACACCAUGUUACAUAACACCUCAAGCACUAAAUAACAUUCCAAUCACAGUGAUGGACGUAUGGGAUGAAAGUGCUUUAAGUUCUCGAGUUCGUGAAGACUUAUACAAAUCAUAUCCUCAUGCAAAACUAGCUCAUUUAAAGAGUGGCGGCAACUUUCCUUAUUUAAGCAGAAGUGAUGAAGUAAACUUACAUUUAUUAAUACAUUUACGAAAGUUCGAUGGAACAUUACUAUCAGCAUCAUAUCUCAGUCUUCACAAAAUGCCAGCGCUUUCAGUUAACCAGCCCGAAGAAGGAACAGUUAGUUACUUUAACCAGAGAGAAAAAUUCGUUAAAAUAUCUUAA